AAUACACGAAAAGCUGAACUCGUGUUGAGCGUCGUAAUAAAAAAAGGGGAUAUCCUGUAGCUGUUCGUUGUGUUGAACACUUGUUUUUUUAUGGUUAAAACGUAACGUUUGUUUCAAUGGACCUGAAAACCCCGCUGAAGGACGACUUUAUUUAGUUCAGAAAAUUGUUUACGUUUCCUAAUUAUUCGUAUUUUGCUAAUCUUGUUCAGUUUUCCAACAAUACCCGCAAGCGCUUUAUGAAAGAUCGGGCCCUUUAAAACCACGACAAUAACAGUUGACGCGAGAAGGGCUUUGCCCAUCGUAGUCGCCUUGGUAUGUGCCUCAAAUUCCCCACCUUGAGAAACAAAACAAAGUGAAAACGGAGCUUUCGUUGCGUUUAAGGCUGGAAGUGUGUAAAAUUGUUUCAAGAAGAAAACCUUGACACCGCAGUGAAGGACAACCCCAUGAGCGAAGGAUGGAUAUUGCCUACGUGUGUGAGUGGGAGAAGAGGCCUAAAAGCAAUCACUGCCCCUCUAUCCCUCUUGUGUGCGCCUGGUCCUGCAGAAACCUCCUCGCCUUCACUACUGACCUCAAAAAUGAGGAAGAAGAAAAGGACCUGACCCACAUGAUUCACAUCAUUGACUCCGAGCAUCCAUGGGACGUUUAUUCGAUCAAUUCGGGACACACUGAGGUCAUUUCCUGUCUGGAAUGGGAUCAGUCAGGCUCCCGGUUGUUGUCGGCUGAUGGGGACGGGCAGAUCAAGUGCUGGGCGAUGACAGAACACCUGGUGAACAGCUGGGAGAGCACGCUGGGUAGCGCCGUGGAGGGCGACCCCAUUGUAGCCCUGUCUUGGCUGCACAACGGAGUCAAGCUGGCACUGCACGUGGAGAAGUCGGGCUCCACGAACUUCGGGGAGAAGUUCUCCCGGGUGAAGUUCUCCCCCUCGCUGACGCUGUUCGGCGGGAAGCCCAUGGAGGGCUGGAUGGCGGUGACGGUGAGCGGCCUGGUGACGGUGUCGCUGCUCAAGCCCAACGGCGCGCUGCUGACCGCCAGCGAGAGCCUGUGCCGGCUGCGGGGCCGCGUGGCGCUGGCCGACAUCGCCUUCACGGGCGGGGGCAACAUCGUGGUGGCGGCCACGGACGGCAGCAGCUCGGCGCCGGUCCAGUUCUACAAGGUGUGCGUGAGCGUGGUGAACGAGAAGUGCCGCAUCGACACCGAGCUGCUGCCCUCCCUCUUCAUGCGCUGCACCACCGACCCCGCGCGCAAGGACAAGUACCCUGCCGUCACCCACCUGAAGUUCCUGACCAGGGAGAACUCUGAGCAGGUGCUGUUGUGUGCAUCCAGCCAGCUGGGCAGCAUUGUGGAGUGCUGGUCACUACGCAAAGAGGGGCUUCCUGUCAACAACAUUUUCCAGCACCGCUCUCCUGUCGUGGGAGAGAAGCAGCCCAUGAUCCUCAAGUGGCGUAUCCUGUCUGCCACCAACGACCUGGACCGUGUCUCUGCAGUGGCGCUGCCUAAACUGCCCAUCUCCAUCUCCAACACCGACCUCAAGGUGGCCAGCGACACGAAGUUCUGCCCUGGCCUCGGUCUGGCGCUGGCCUUCCACGACGGCAGCAUUCACAUCCUGCACCGGCUGUCACUCCACACCAUGGGCGUCUUCUACGGCUCCUCCUCCAGCAACCCCCAGCGCGUCGGCGAGGAACCCGCCCUCAAGCGGCAGCGCGGGGGCGGCCCCACCACGCACUUCAAGGCCCUGCAGUUCUCCUGCACGUCGCUGGCGCUGGUGGGCGUGGACAACCAUGGCAAGCUGCACAUGCUACGGGUGUCCCCGUCCAUGGGCCAGAUGCUGGACAUAAACACCCUGCUGCGCCACCUCUUGUUCCUGCUGGAGUACUGCAUGGUGACGGGCUAUGACUGGUGGGAUGUGCUGCUCCACGUGCAGCCCAACAUGGUGCACAAUCUGGUGGAGAAGCUGCACGAGGAGUACAUGAGGCAGAACCAGGCCCUGCAGCAGGUGCUGUCUACGCGAGUUGUGGCCAUGAAGGCGUCCCUGUGUAAACUGUCCUCCGCCACGGCGCCCAGGGCCUGCGACUUCCACGCCAAGCUCUUGCUCAUUGCCAUCAGCUCCACCCUCAAGUCUCUGCUGAGACCUCACCUCCUCAACACCCCUGACAAGAGCCCUGGGGACCGGCUGGCUGAGAUCUGUGCCAAGAACACCGACACGGACAUCGACAAGGUGAUGAUCAAUCUGAAGACGGAGGAGUUCGUGCUGGACGCUUCUACCCUGCAGUCGCUCCAGCAGCUCAUCCAGUGGGUGGGAGAUUUUGUGCUCUACCUGCUCGCCAACUUGCCCAAUCAGGGAUCCAUUGUCCGCCCUGGUUUCGGGUUUCUGCGGGACGGGGCCUCUCUGGGGUUGCUGCGUGAGAUGAUGGUGGUGAUCCGGAUCUGGGGCCUGCUGAAGCCUGGCUGCCUGCCGAUAUACACCGCCACCUCCGACAACCAGGACAGCAUGUUCCUGCUCUUCCGCCUUCUCACCAAGCUCUGGCUCUGCUCUCGAGAUGAGAGCCACCCACAGGAGCCGGACGAACCUCUGAUCGACGAGUGCUGCCUGCUACCCAGCCAGCUGCUGGUGCCCGCUAUGGACUGGCUUCCUGUCAGCGAUGGCAUCAUCUGCAAGCUGCAGGGCAAGCACCCCCUGCGCCUGCAGUUCGGGAAGCCCUACAGCUUGCCAGGGCUCAACUCGGGCACGCAAGUGGAGAUUUUCACGAGGACCCCUGGAUCACAAAGGAUGGAUAAUCUGCGCUGCCUGCACAUGGGCGUGUGUCCCACGGAAGACAGCAAGGCCUGCACCAGGUGCGGCUGCGUCACCAUGCUGCGGUCUCCCAACAAGACCACGGCCGUGAAGCAGUGGGAGCAGCGCUGGAUCAAGAACUGCCUGUGUGGGGGGCUGUGGAGGAGGAUCCCCACCACGAUCUCCUGAGAGCGCUGAGCCGCCACGCUCAUUUUGAGCCGAAGAGGGACUGGAGGGGAGGUUCAUACCACCACAGACCCUAGCCAACCCCCUUGCCUAAAUGCUCGGUGAUGUGCUUUCUCUAUGAGUGGAUGAUCUCUGAAUUCUCCAGUAGAGGUUGUAUGUGGGUGAAUGGGCGCAGCUCUCUUUGUGAAAGUUAUAAAUGGUAGUGAAAAGAAAACAAAUCCUUACAUCCGUAAUCUAAAAAAAAAAUCAUCUUUCGUUCUGCAUUUUGGGGGGCCUUCGGGAUGAGACCCCUUCAGGCUACACACUCCUUUUCAAAGUCAAUGAAACCUCAUAGCACGUCGCCUCUCUACAGAGGACACCUGGCUCCAAAGCCUGACAACUUGUAUCAAACUGAACCAGCAAUUCUCUGUAUUGAAGAAGUACCAGGGAUUGUUACUAAUGUGAUCAUGUGAUUCUUUUGUAAAUAAAACUCUUGUCUUUUUUUUUUCUAUAAA